GUUGAGACAGGCGAAGCAGAGAAUAAUGCGGCGGCGCCGGCAGAUUGUGAAGGCAAUUCUUUUGUUACUGAUAGCAUGCCUCCUGGCAACGUAUGUAGUCGCUCAGUUGGGCGGAGAAGAAGAAGAAGGACCGCUUGGCGGAGGAAGUAGCGAAGACGAAGAAGAACCGCUCGGCGGAGGAAGCAGCGAAGACGAGGAAGAACCGUUUGGCGGAGGAAGUAGCCGUGGUGGCAAUACGAACGCAGGCGGCGGAGCCAAUAUGGCGCAGCCGUAUCUCUGGUCCCGUGGGAAUCCUUUGCAAUUGGCACUUUUUUUAUAGGAAUUGGAAGCAGUUACUAAUUCAUGAGCUAGGAUAUACAGAAUGAAAACUUCAGUUUAUAAAAAAGAUAAUACCUUGGUUGUAACAAUCCGUCCACUGUGUUCGGGUGGCCACA